GGAGUAUUGUAAUUGUAGUGACUUUUGCUAUAUGCAUUUGCAUGAGUGUUGCUGUAAGUCUUUAUUUCAUCCUGACGAAUAACUAUAACGAAAGCCAAGAACAACCGAACAUAAUAAUAAUGUAUGCAGAUGAUACUGGAUACGCUGACUUCCAGACAUACGGACACCCAACACAGGAAUGGAAUGGCGUUGACAGGAUGGCCCAAGAGGGUAUUAAAUUUACUCAACUGUCGACACCCUCUCCAAUUUGCACCCCUUCCAGAGCAGCCCUUCUAACAGGACGAUACCCCAUACGCACCGGAGUUUUUGGCAAAAACGGCGUUUUUCUACCAUCUUCAUCAGGAGGAUUGCCAAACAGAGAGAUUACUAUAGCAAAAGCCUUGAGAGAUGUUGGAUAUGUUACUGGAAUGGUUGGAAAAUGGCAUCUAGGAAUAAACAAGAAUAGUUCGACAGAUGGAUAUUAUUUACCGCACAAUCAUGGGUUCGAUUAUGUUGGUACGAUUCUUCCUCAUACAGUGUCGGACACAUGCAAUCCGGAAAAGUACAACGUACGUCAAAUGAGAAGCUGUUUUUUAUAUCGAAACGAUACUAUCGUUGAACAACCAAUCAAUCUAACAACGUUAACAAAACGGCUUGUGGUUGAUGCAAAACACUUCAUCGAUACGAAUAAAAACAAUCCCUUUUUCUUCUUGUUUUCCUUCCCACAAACGCAUACGGCGCUGUUUGCCAGUCCGGAGUUCCUCGGAAAGUCGAAAAGAGGAAUAUAUGGUGAUAUGGUCAAUGAAAUGGGAUCUUCAAUUAAUGAAAUUAUGGACCAACUGAUUGAUCUGAAAAUGGAGAAACGAACCCUAGUAAUUUUUCUAUCUGAUCACGGACCCAAGUUGGACGGGUGUGGAGACGGUGGAUCUCCUGGCGUAUUUCGAGGCGGGAAAACAAGCACGUGGGAAGGAGGAAUUCGGGUACCAGCCGUGGCUUGGUGGCCUGGAACUAUAAAGCCUGGUAUUGUUAGUGACGCUGUUCUUAGUUCAUUGGACAUUUUCCCAACUGUUUUAAAAAUAGCAGGUUCCAACUACAUCGAACGUCAUAAUUUAACCAUAGAUGGCCACGUGAAUGAUGAAGUUAUCAAAGGACUUAAAUCAGAAUCUAAUGAUGAAACCUUGUUCUUUUACCAUAGCGGAGUACUAACAGCCGCCAGGCAUCAACAGUACAAAAUUCAUUUUUAUAAAUUCCGAUUGGCAGUGGAUAUUAUGGAGAAACUUGAUGAAAUGAUUCGUUGCGACUAUACCAGUUCAACUGUUCAAGAUGCAAUUUACGAUAUGGAAACUAAAGCUUCGAAGCAAGAUAUACCACUCAUAUAUGACAUCGAGAAAGAUCCCCAGGAAUCAUUUCCGUUGGAUCCAGAAAGUGAAGAAUAUCAGAAAGUGUUAAAAUUGGUUGUUCAACAGGUACAAGCUCACAAUGCGAGUAUAUUGGCCGUAGAAUCAGAAAUUGACAAACCAUAUACCAACGAUGCUCCAUGCUGUAACCCACCUUUAUGCAAAUGCAACUAUAACGAGGAAUAACAAUUUAGUGAUGAAGAAAUUUUUGAUCUGUAGUAUUAAUUUAAUUUUACAAAACUACUAUCAAUUUUCACCCUUCAAUUUCAAGUACUUCGAGUAGUUGGACGUAUAGAAAGAAACAAAGACAGCUAGUAUUUCAUAAUUUUUUU